ACAAAUAUCAUUGCUUCUUGUAGCUAUUAUGGACUUUAAAGCUACAGUUUGCUUUAUUAUGAUGGUCGCUGAUAUCGUUUCGCAAUCUGUAACAGUUCCAAACGUUAACCUAACCGAAUUUACUACCAAUGCUACAAUUAUCCCCGAUCUGAUUUCAAAUGUGACUACAGAAAGAGAAGAAGUAUUAGUUGAUGAAAUCACUUUACAUCGCGUUGCGAACGAAGCAGAAACCCGCAGUGCUAUUGCUCACCCAGGAGAAGAUUUCAGUGCACAUCCAGAUGUAAUAUACGUAGUUCAAAGAUCUGGAGUGUCAGAUCAGGAUUUUGGUUACGUCCAAAAGUUUAUUGGUCAAGGCGUACAAGCGAUGAGUUUGGUUGGAUCGAAAAUAAACGAGAGUCGUGUUGGGGUAGACAUAGUAACAGACAAUGCAUUGAAUUUUGUCAACUUUGAAACGUGCUGUCAAACAGAUCGCACCCAUCUUUUGAUGAAAAUUGAUCGCGAAAUGACGAUGUAUAACCAGACGAGAAUGCAACAAUUCCCAAUAGCAGAUCACAUAGUAGUAUCGCCCCAUCCAAUCGACUUUGUGAGACCCCUUCAAUUUAUUCGAGGUCAAUACUUGAAGGGCGGUUUAGCGAGGAAGAAGCCAACCUUGCUGAUCUUAGUAUUCAACUUCCAAUCACCUUAUAUGAGUUAUCGACUUCUCGACAGUGCUGUGGACGAGAUAAGAGCAUGUAAAGAUGCCGGUGCACAUGUUGUCAGUAUCGUAAUUGAUUCGGAGCCGAACAGGCAACCAAGACACCGAAACAGCGGAUUACGUCAAAGACAUUCUGGGCCAUUGAGCCAGAAUGAGUUAUUUGUUGAAGAAGCAGAAGCGGAAUAUUUCAGAAAUAUAUUUCGAAAGUUUCGUUCGAGUGAACAAGAAACAACUGCAUUUGACGAUGACGACGAUGAUCCUCGUUAUUGGAAAAUUAAAUCAGGAAGAACAUACGAAGAUAUGUCAAGACUAUACGCGAUAGCUAUGGCAAGUAGAAGAGAUCAUGGAUUCAAACUGAGAUACUUCAGCGAACUAGCUUCUGGAGCAUUAUUAAAUGUAAUUCUCGGACUCAUCACAAAUCCGAUGUCGUUUUUCGGAGACGGUGAGUUACGUGCAAGUUGUGAAAAUACGAAGAAUCAUAUAACACGAUCUAUAUGGAGUCCUGGAUUCUACAAUCAGGAAACGUAUGAUGAUCACGUGCAAUGUGAAUGGAGAAUUGCAGCUAGAUAUGGAUUCAGGGUUGAGCUAACAUUUGACAGGUUCGCCACCGAAAGGAAAUUUGACAAAGUUACAAUAUAUGAUGGUUAUGAAAGAGAGAAAGAUCAAAUUAUUGAAGAACUAAGUGGCGAAUUAACAAAUGGUGAAAAGAAAAUCACCAUAUUAAGCACUGAGGAAAGGAUAAGCAUUACAUUUAUCACUGACGGUGGCUUCAGAGAUACUGGAUUUCAUGCGGUUUGGGAACCUUCGAAACAGGAAGUCAAAAUCAGCGAUGCAACUGUAGUGUAUUUGGUGGACGUAUCAUCCAGUCUAACAUCGAAAGAUCUUGAACCAGUGAGAUCGUGGAUCAAAAUUGCUACAAAACAUUUUUAUUUUGAUGGCGGAAUAGGAUAUCGUUCUGCUUCCUUACGAUCAUCAAAUGCUGGAUCUAGAUUUGGUCUUUUAUCAUUCGACAACAAAUGCACGGUCCUUAUGCACAUCGCUCAACCCAAAAAUCGAGUUCAGUUCUACCAGUCUUUAAAUAAAAUGAACCAUACGCUACGAGAAACGCACAUCGGCUCGGCAAUGGAUUUUGUCAGGAAGAAUCAGUUUUUGUACGUUCUUGGAGAAAAUGCUUUUAUGGUUCAGCCGCAUCACCCGGAUCAUCCCCAACGUAAACCACCAAAACGGAUUUUGUUUUUGUUUUCCGAUGGUUAUUCUGUUGACGAUCCCAGGCCUGCAGCCAGGCGACUGUGCGAGUGGGAUAUUGUGCCUGUUUUUAUAGAAACUGGUGACAUAAAUCUGAAAACCAGAGACGAUAUUAUAAGCUUUUGUGGACUAAAUUUCAGUAUUUCGGAACCAAUUGAAGACGUGCUGGAAAAAAUUAAGAUUCAUCUUAUGAUUAUUACAAACGAAACAACUACGCCCGAACCACCGAUUACACCUCCCGGAUUACCAUCAAAACCACCCGCGCCAACUAGAACAACAACGACUACAACUACCACUACUCCAACACCGCCAACUACGUGGCCUCCUUGGACAGGAACGUUACCCACUAUCAAAACUCCGACUUCGACACCGACGCCAGCGAUACCAGACUUGUUUGAUUAUUCUGCAAUUGCCAUUUUGCUUGCAACGAUAGGAUUCUGUGAAACUGUGACCUUAAUUACAAUGAUAUGUCGCAAUAUUUGCCAUCCACCAGAACCUUUAUCAUUGGAAUCUUCAAUAUCGCACGAACUGCUAAAGAAAAAGCUAGCAGCAAGGGAAGCCGCACAACAAGCUGAGAAUGAAUUUCAUGAGUUUGACGAGGCCGAAGAGUCAGCUUUAGAAGACAAAAUAAGCCGAGGAUCAUCAAAUAUCGAAUCACUCUCUUCACGAGAACGACUCCAGAAAGAAACCUCUGGUGAACACGCUCAGGAACCAGAAGUUUUUUCAAUUGAUAUCACGCAAAGGCCAACCAGAUAUCCUUCUGCAGCUAACAGUUUUUUUGAACGAGGAGCGUUUUUGCCCAAACAUUUACAAGAAAUUAAUAAAAAUGACAUAAUGUGAUAUAUUGUAAUAAAUUA